GACGUUUAUUAGCAACCUGUACUGCGCCGCGAGAAUGAAUAUGCCACAGUUUAAACUCAACUAUUAAAGACAAGUUGUUUUAAUUAUUUAAUUAGUUUCAGUCUAAAAGAUAAUUCAAAAGUUUGAAAACGUCAAAGAGACCUAAACUUUGUGCUUUGUGUCUUACGCAGAGCACCGGCGCUGCCUGUUGCCAGUGACAACUGCGUCUGGAACACACCCUGGCGUCACACCCGCGACCACGUGAUCAGGAAAAACAAACGCGCGGCACUUGGUUACACAAACAAUCUCAUCACAUUGAUAAAGUAGGAAACAAAUGACUCAAACGUUGUAAAGUUUCGUUGCUUUCAGUCAGAUUAGGUGUUGUGGUUUUACAGUUCUGUGCGUUGGUGGCCUGAUGUAAUAUAAUGCAAAGUAACGUCAGAAAGCCAGAUCAAGUAAGACCCCGACCAAGCAGUGUCAGUUCUGGUGAUGGGACAAAACAAGCCCGCAGAUUUCACACCAGAAAGGUUCCUUACAAAGUUGGGUACAGCUGGAACAAAGGUGGACGGCUUAAGGAGCUGAGAAUAAGGCACUUGGCAAGGAAGUUCCUGAAGAUAUGGAUUCACAACACCUUUGGACGAAUUCUUCUUCAUGAAGCCAGGUCCCACUAUAGGAGCAUGGUCCUGAGACGAGCCUUUGGAGGAUGGAGAGAUGAGUGGUGGACAUCUAGGAGGGAAUGGAGUCUAACAAUGCGGGCAGAGUGUCACUACAGGUAUUACCUGUACAACCUGGCAUUCCAGCGCUGGCGAUUGUUUGUGUCACUGCAGAUGGAAAAACGGAGCAAAAUCCAACAUGCUGAAUUAUUUGCUGACAGGCAGCGUAUGCGUCUGGCUUUGGAUGGAUGGGAGGUUUUCACAGAGAUGAGGCAAAUGAAGAACAGGAUGCUUGAAUCUGCCCUCGAGCUGAACAGACUCACAACCCUGCACUCAGUAUGGAGAUUAUGGCGGUCCAGGCUGCAGCAGUAUCAAGACCUUUACACUUUACAGGACCAAGUUCUGAAUCAAAGAGCACUAACUUUACAGAGCAGGACUUGGUUCCAGUGGAAAAAAAUGCACACAGCUGCCUGUUGCCAGAGAGAGAAAGAAACCAAAGCGGCACUUCUCUUCACGCACUUACUGAAAAGAAAAGCUUUACAUCGCUGGAAAAGUUAUGUGUCUUGUGUCCAAACCAAGAAAAAUUCCCAAGCUGUGGCUCAGCGUGCAUUCCAUCUCCACCUGUUGACGAUGUGUUGGAGUAAAUGGAGCAGUGCAUUGCAUCACAAGCAGAGUAAGGAGGACCGUUUGCGAGCUGCAGGGUAUUUGGCCAUACAGAGCACCCAGCGCAGGGCACUGGAGCGCUGGAGAGCUUAUGUGACAUUGUGCAGAGAAGAGGAUGAGAGAAACAGGAUUGCACGUCAGCAUCAUCAUCAUCAUCUACUGCGUGCUGGAUUGCAGGGUCUGUCUGUCAACAUCGACUGGAACAAAACGCACCGACUAAACAACAACAUGGCUGUCCAGCAUCAUCAUCAAACUAUGACAAGUACGUUUUGGAAGCUGUGGCAGGAUCGUCUGGAGGAAGCCGAAGACAAGCGCUUUCAACCCCUCGGAGACAUGGCACUGGCUAAACACAGCUCAUCUCUGUUAAGCUGCUGUUUCCACCACUGGAGAGAGAUGCUCGCUGAACGGAGACACACAAAGGAAUUGGAGCAUCGUGCAGACGUUUGGUUUGCUGAACGCAUGUUGCCUCGGUGUUUCAACUCGUGGAUCAAGUUCACCCUGCAGAGAAGACUCCACGAACAGAGGAGACACAAAGCAGAAUUCUUUAAUCAGCAGCGUCAGCACACAUGGGUGUUUUACACCUGGUGGGGACGAUCAGAGACGCAAAAGGAGCAGAUGCUUUCUGAGAGGAUGGCUAUUCUACACGAGGAGAGGAGCCACUUGCAGAGAGCCUGGUGUCGCUGGAGGCAGCAGACAGAGCAGCAGAUCAGCGAGGAGGAGAAACAGACAGCUUCAGACAGUCUGUACCUGCACAGGCUGCUUCAUAAGACGAUGACACAGUGGAAGGACAACAGCACCGAGAUACGAGACAGGAGAAAUCGAGAGCAGCAGGCUUGUCAUCAGGGUGACCUGUGCUGCAUGAGAUGGGCUCUCGCAAAAUGGAAACAGUUUGUUCAGAGCCAACGAGUGAAGAAGAGCAGGCUGGAGCAGAUGAAGAGUUACCAUGAAGUUAAACUUCUCAAUCACACGUUGGGUGCCUGGAAGACACACCACCUCCAGGUGUCUCAGAUCUACGAUCAUGCAGAGGAACUUCACAGACAACAAGAGCAGAACUAUCUCAGGAAAGUUCUGUGUGUUUGGAGGGAGAAAGCAGCGCUGCUAACCGAAGUCAGGCUCAUGGAGCGACAGGCACAGAAUCAUUUUCAGCAUUUCCUUCAACUUAAGGUGUUUCUUGCGUGGAGAGAAGCAGCAACAUAUGCAGUGCUCAGACGCCACCAGCAGGGGGAAGCAGUAGUCAGGGCUCAAAGGUCCAUAAAUCAAGUGCACCUACUGCAGUCUUUCAGAAGAUGGAGGAAACAAACCAGGGAGGCUCGGAGGGAGAGGAUUUACAUGGAAAAAGCCAGACGGUACCACGAGUCCAGACUCCUUUCUAAGGCAGUGGAAGCAUGGAACAGGCGUCGCAGUCAGAAUCGUAGAAAAAAGAUAAUGAAGCGACAGGGGAUCAUUUUGCUGAGGUUAAAGAUGUACCAGAAAUACUUUGAACUGUGGCAAGUGAAGCUGCAGCACAGACGGCGGGAAGCUGAGCAGAUGGAGUGUGCUCUCUGGCACUGGUCCCUCACUCUUCAGGCCAAGGUGUUGUUCGGGUGGAGGCUGUGGGUCACAGAGCAGCGCAGGAAGCAAGAGCAGGCCGCCCGAGCUGCACAGGUCUACAGAGACCAGCUGCUGAGGGAGGGCGUGACGUGCAUCCUCACGUACGCUGCUCACAUGAAUGACAUCACGACGAGCCUCACGCAGCACAGCCAAGAGCAGAGAUUGAGACAUCUCCAGAGAGUGGUGAGGCGCUGUGCGAUGAGGUGGAAGCAACGUGCACUGUGCAAACCACAAAGGGAGCGAGCAGUCAAAGUGCAACACCCAAAAAAGAGUGUGACCUUCUGUUUGACUACACCUGGAUCGAAGGCUGUUCCUUCGUCUGAGUCGGUGGAGCAGGAGGAUGAAGAUGAAGUGCUUACUAAGCUCAUCAAAAAUCAGUUGGCCUUCACAGGCACUGAAGCCGCUCCAAAACACUUGCAGCUCAGUCAUCAUACAGUGUCCACUAUGGGCUCUCCUCAGGAGAAACAAGAUGUCCUUUUACCUCCUUCUGCAUUCAUGACCACUGCACUUGAAGAUACGUUGCGGAAGAGCAGCAGCUCAAGUUUUGGAGAUCCUCUGCUUAUGCCUCCCUUUGGACAACACACAUCAGCUCAUUCAGACGAACAUUUGAGAACAUCCAGUGCAGAAACGGAAGGGACAGAUCCGACUUCAGCUCUGAUCAGAGAGCUGCUCAGCAUCCAGAUGGACAUGAAGACGUACCAACAGGACAGGAAGCAGCUCCGGGCAUGGCAAAAACUGAAAGAGGUGUUACAAAGUUGGCUGCAGACCAGCGGACAGGAUGAGCAAAUGGAAAAAGAUUCUGUUUGUCAAGAGUUGGAGGAGCUGGAGGAGCGCAUCGUCAAUCUGUCCACUGAACUCGCCAAACGGAAACCAACAAUGCUGCUUCAUGCAGAAAGGAUCGAACAUUUACAGACCGUCCUCAUAGAUCACUCUGCACAGGCAACAUUGCAACAAAUUGUACUAACACACGGCAAAAGUGAAGACACCUGCUGAUCAUUUGGACUGUUGUUCGUCUCCUCGGAUCACGUUUUACAAGCAAACUGAAACUGAAAGUGAAUGAAGAAAACUAUCCACCAGCUGAUACAUAUUUUCUGAGCUUUUGGCCCGAGCUUGUAAGGAAAAAAUGUCCAUGUAUACUAUUUUAUUGUCUUCCAACUGGCUUUAAGUGUCUUCCAGCCAUUCUCACUGCUACAUCCACUCUUAAAAUGUACGAAAACAUUAGCUAGGGGUCGUCCUUCUAACAGAUGGUGCUAAAUAUUUUCCAUAUGUGUGAAAAAAAAAGCGACUUUACUGUCUUCAGAGGAGCUGCCCUUGUGCAGUAGGUUUAUGCUUUGGUACCAGUGCCUCUAAUACUGUGGAAAAUCCAUGCAGGAGUGUGUCGGGAUUUGAGACUAACAGAAAGGAACAGCUGUCUGUUGUGCUCUGCAGAAGAGAUAAGGCAGGUCUGAGGAACAGCAGGGCAGAAUGAGAGGACUUUAUGCCAUUGUAGUCUUUGUCACCUUUGUCUGCUGCAUCAGGGGUAAGUUUUGUUACUGAACUAGUUUAUUUGCUUACAUUGUUAAGUUAUAUUAUGUUUCUAUUCAGGAUUAAUGUGUCUCUAAAAGUCACUUUGUUGAUGUUGACUUUUGAUUGUUCUUGAAAAGAUUGUUUCCCUCGUUUAAGCUUUUUGUGGACUUGAUUAAAACUGAUUUAAACAUUA